UAAGAUAUUUAUAACAUAAACGUUCAAGCGAGAAAAUUCGCAUAGUUCUAAUCAAAUUGGUCUUUUUUGUUAUCAAAAGUUUGUGAUAUGAGAAAUAUUUUACAUUGUUGCUACGUUUUUCAAACUUUCGGUAUAAAAUUAUAAGUUGACUAAGGUUAUAAUCAAUACAACCAAAAGAACGUUCCUAUUUCACUAAUGUGACAUAUUGAAAAAUCUACGGGAAUUGUAAGUGGAACGCACAUCUUGUUGGAUCACAAUAUGGCGACUUGGUGACAGCGCACAGUUGGGGUACAAUAUGAUAUUGCUUCUCUUAAAUUUAUUUUUGACACAACUGAAUGGAUUUCUACAAUUUUGGAAUUGUAAAAAUCUAUGUUUCUGCCCUAUCGUUGUAUUACAGAUACGUUUCCAUAAAAGUCCACUUCGACUACCAAUAAUUCAUGGGUUUUACAGUGACAUCAUCGAUGACGUCGAGCGAUCGCUGACGAACACUAGGAGUUUUAAAUUGAAUUAUACAAAAGUUAUCACAAUUGGUAUGUGCGUUAAAUAGAACGUACUGAUUGUCAAGUUGACAUUUCAUUGAAAUAAUAAGAAGUACAAAGGAAUUUUCAAUAUUAUAUAAAAUAUCCAAACUUAUUUUCAACUUGCUUUCGUUAUACGUUCAACAUUUAAAUUCGCGCGAGUUUCCAUGAUUGGCUAAUAUUUCAAUAUGGCGGUGUGUUGAAAGUUUUUCUCAUUGGUCGUGCGCGUUAACCACACAAUCUUUUACACCAUACAAAUAAUACUUUGUAACCAUAAAUUCAUUUUAGAAAUUUUGAUUUUGUUAAGUUACCGCAACUGAUUAGUUCGCCUCUUUGACUCAUACAGAGUACAAAUUUACUAGUACAAAUAUGCUAUACUAUAGAGUUUUGAAAUGUUCUCAUUCGGUUAAGAUGAUUAAAAUUUGUUUUAUCAUUCAGGUAUUUAUCAAAAUAGCAAGUGGGACUUUAUUAUUUACAUGUAUCUGUGAAUACUUAUAUACAGGAGUCCCCACAACUUCUACGCCUACGAAAGUAGUCAAUCUUUUAGCUAGAAGUCCCCCUUUUCACGUUUUAUUAGAUCACACAAUAGCUGUUGUCUGGUUGCUAUUCGCUGCAGGAGAAUACGAUUGCCCCUUAGGUAUAAAUCAAUUGCAAUGGGCGUUAGCAUUUCUAAAAACCAUUCAAUGUCGAACUGGAGACUAUUCCAAAGACAUAGAAUUGUGUAUAAACGCUUUGGAAAACAUCCUCGUCACGCAAUAUUCAGAUUUGAUCACUGAAAUUGGACCUGCUACUCGUUUAGACGAAACUAUACAUUAUGGGGGAGGCGCAUUAGGUUCAAGUACAAUGGUAACACAAGAAAUACCAUUUUCAUUAAAUUACUCCCAGUUGAUAACGAAGAGUCCUCCAAAUGUAUACGUAUCUGGAUCCACUCAACCCAUGUCCAUGACUUCUAUAGAAUGCGAAGAAGCCUUAGAGAAUCUCAAGAAAGCUGCAGGAGUAGAUUCCAUUGAAAAUCUUGAUUCCGUUUCAAGAGAAAAGGCUAUAAACGUAUUACGCAUGUGGAAAUCGGAUCAAGUUGAAAAGAUUCGCGGGGAAUUGAGAAGACUUCGUUCAAUAGAAGACAAAAUGAAAGAUAUAGAUUCAAACUUUCCGGGGUACAUGGAAGAGAAACCUGAAAUGUUGAUUGGUAGAGACUAGGCGAUUAUUUCAUUUUGUUAUCUACAAAA